UUGGCUAAGAAUAGCAUUGCUUUAACGACUGUUCAGUUUUAUGCGAGGAAACCACCGAUCGCUCAACCAUUGGACUAUGAAACGUUUAUUACCAGUAAGAAGGCCGACUUUGACAGCGACAGUCAGCGAGAACUUCUGCUUUUUCCGCGCGACGACAUCAGCGUAUCUCAUGAACAAGGCGAACCAUUAUGGCUUUUGACUCAAGAGGCGCUGAAGUUGUACAACAGUCCCACAAAAUGUAUCGAAUUCAAUUAUGCUGGAUUUAGUGGGGACUACGAUAGUCGUACCGAUGCUGACUUGAAUGCGCUGUCAUUCGAAUCAGACUUGGCGCUCGAAGAGGAGAGAGCUGUUUUCUCUACUUCGAAUGUAAUUUGUGAAGGCUAUCUUUUUAUCGUUCCUGAAAGCGGUUUGCUUGACAAUUUUAAGAGCGCUAAAAAACGGUAUUGCAUAUUUAGAAAGGUAGAUGAGGGCAAAGUCCAACUUGAACUACGAAAAUCUCCCAGUAUACCGCCGCACAAUCCGCCAACUCCAGUCAAACAAGUUUAUUUGACCAAAACCAAGAAAGGAAAAAGUGUUUUAGAAGUAGUUACUUUACAUCAUUUUUUACAGAUAUCUAAGCUUUUGAGCUAUACUGUAGUUAUAGGGUGCAGUGUCUGUUCGUACCUACCAGUAGUCUCUACUUCUUUUCAGAUUGAGCCCUUUUUUGUGCGCCUCUUUUUAUUUGAUUCUCGAGCUGGAAAAAGGUUAUCAGAGGAGUUUCGAGUAAGCCCGAAAUUUGGAUCUACCGCUCUUCCCGAUAAUGAAUCCGCGGCUGGCUCGAGAAACUCUUUGGAUGAAGACGGCCUUAGUGUAGCUCAGCCUCAUCGCGAAAUAUAUGUUGUGGCUCGAGUUGAAAGAGUUCUUUCCACGGACUUUUCUGCGGAAAUUUAUAUGAAGAGCAAUGUAGACCCAAAAAAUGUGGCCAAACAGAUAAAGAGUAUUCAGCAGGCCUCCUCAAAACUUUCUAAAUUUAGGAUGCCGUUCGCAUGGGCAGCUAGACCGGCUUUUCAAGAAAUGCUCGGAGUUGCAAAACUUUCCGAGGAUAUUUCUCUUUACAAGUGGGAUGGGAAUAAGAUGAGCGAUUCUGAUUUACAAAAAGUUUUAAAUGACUUGGCUAAUGAAAAAUCUGGGAAGUUAGUUCCCCUUCCUAAUGGAACUAUGACACUCUCAGUUGACAUAUCUGCCAGAGUGAGCGAAUUUCCUAUGCGGAUUAGUCCUUCAUUUACACCUAUUCUUCCUUGGAAUGCAGCGCCGGACACUUUGAUUUCUCCAUCUUUCCAAAUGCAAGCUUUUACCGAUACUGUGACUGAACCCUACACUGCUCUUGUUAAUAAUUUGUAUGUUUAUCCGUUGUUGUUGAAAUAUGAUAGCCAGAAAAUAUUUAAUAAAGCCAGAAACAUCGCUUGCACUGUGCAGUUCAUUGCUUCUAAUGAGCGUGGUGGCAAUAGCGUCAAGGCCCUCUAUGAUAGAUUCGCCUACCCGACGCCUUUCGUCCAUCGCGUACGUUGUACAGUUCAACACCAUGAGCAGAACCCAACUUUCGAAGAAGUUUCUGCAAUUCAAGGUUUUCAGAUAAAAAUACGACUACCUCUUACUUUGGAUCCUUCUGAUCAUCUUCUUUUCACUUUCACGCAUAUAGCUAUUUCUUCUGCCAUGCAAAAAACCAAUGAGAUACCUGCAGGGUACGCUUGGUUGCCACUAGUCAAAAAUGAUCGUUUAGUGAUGGAAAAUGAUGAACAGGAAGUUGCUUUACCUGUUGCAGCAGACUUGCCUGAAGGGUAUAUCACCUACCAGUCUCUCGGCUUGGGGAAAGGGCACAUUGGGCCUGAUGUUCGUUGGGUCGAGGGUGGAAAGCCGUUAUUUCGGGUUCGUCUUCGACUGAUUUCUUCAGCAUUCACCACUGAAACGAAACUUCAAUCGUUUUUCCAAGGCUGUCAAAAAUUACAGAAAAUUGGGUUGUUUGCGAACUCUCAAAAAGUCAGUAUCACGCAGGCCGUUAAUUCUGAUGAUCUUGAACUUGAAAAGUGUAACCGCUAUGUUGAAAUUGAUCGCUUAGUUCCUUUUCUACCUAUUGUACUUGGUCGCUUGCUUUCUCUCCUGCCUUCGUGUGCAACUGAGGAUAUGGCUAUCACUGUGUUAACGUUAGACUUUAAAAGUUUUAAAAUGGUUUUUUCAAGCGAAAGGGUUGGAGAUGAAACUACGCAUUCUGCCAUCUGUAAAUAUCAACUGUUGGAUAGAGAACUCUAUAAGCAAGAAAGCAGGCAUGCAGGCCUAACGCUAUGGAAAACUUACUAUUUUUUAAUCGCAUCUAACGAUUUUAUUGUAACCCUAGAAUUAUUAAUUGGCUUUAAGCAAAAAAUUUUACAGGUUUCAAGGAGAGAGCGAUUUCCUCCAGAAGUUUUCUUUCGGAUUAGAUUUUUUGUAGAACAAAUGAUCCCUUUAAUUGUGCUAAAACAUCGAGACAUACCUCAAGAAACUCGAGUUGCUAACACCGCGAUCGGUUAUUUUUUCAGGGUUUGCUUUAAUGACUCCUAUAUUUUUUUCUGUAGAUGUGAUUUUUUUAUAAAGUUGUUAAAAUCUCUUUUCAGUAAUUUCUUACAGCAUCUUCGUGAAUACAAGUUAGAUUUGCUACAAAUCCUGGGUGGCCAUGAGCACUGGAUACCACUCGCACUUCCGCUUCUUUGUGAUUCUUCGGGAGAAAUUAUGAAGAAGGAUGCUAUUAUGGCUGACCGCAAUGUUUCAGGUAAGUCUCUGACUCAAUAUGCAGAGGAGUUUACUUUAACAGAAGGGUAUUGUGCACGACACUUUCUUGUUGGUUUACUACUGCAAGAACUGCAGUGCUCGUUUCGGGAGCCUCGAGAUUAUCGCAGAAGGACUAUAAUGCUCGUUCGUAAUCUUCUUGCGAAGCAUUCAGUUGACAAACGUUAUUUGGAUUCGCGUGCGCAAGUUCGGAUUGCAACUUUGUAUCUACCACUGCUUCGUCUUGUACUGGAUUAUUUAGGGGAAAUGGAAGUUUCUCUUAAGACCCAAGAUUCAAGCGAGCAAACGGUUGCUUCACCGGCUCCUGUUGCUUCUUCUUCGGCAAUACCGGCUAUUCAAUCUGGUUCUAGCUUUUGUUCUAUUGAUAAUUAUAGCGAGUCUCGCGAUUUGUUGUUGUGUACUAUGUACAUUCUGCAUAAAGUUCCGCAAAAAGUAUUUGAAGCUGUUUUAAAAGAAACUGAAACUGCCGGUACUGGUGGAAUGAUGGAUUUCAUACGUUUACUGGAGCUUACCUUAGAAUUUUUCAAGUACAGAGGGUUGAAAUUCACUCUGUACAGAACAUCUGGAAGGUCAGAAUCACUGCCUUUUAGUGUUUUACAAGAAUCUAAUCUGACCCAAGAAAUCGCUUUAAGAGUUUUGGAUAUUAUUCAGAUACUUGCAGGCGGUGAAGAUGAGGAUCAAAUAUUUUUGAAGCUACUUCGUUUGGAAGUUACAUUGUUGGGGGAAAAUUGGCCGGAUGCUGUAAGAUUGCAUACAAUAGCGUCUCUCGCCAUAUUUAUUAAUAUGUUCCGCAAUCGGUUUUUCAAAACUGGGCCAUUGGAAGGAUUAUCAGUGUUAGUUGAAGCGUUGCUUCUUCAACUGAAUAGUCGAUUAAUUUCCAUUCAAUGUGCUGCUGCAGCUUUGUUACAUCUUGUAUUACGGAAUGGUUACGAGUAUCAACUUCAGUCUGGGAAAAUUGAUUCGUCUCAAACCAGCAAACAGGUAACCUCACCUGCUAAAGGUAAGCGGCGUUUGCCAAAACGAGAAUCUGUUCUUCGUACUGUAGAAUGUCUUGGUCGCCCUGGCUCUCAGACUGGUGUAGCACUUGCCAGGUAUGUUUAUCAAAAAUGUUUUCAGAUCCGCGUUGCCGACUUACACAUUCAGUUAGCUGACAGUUAUCGUGGUUCGUCUGCUUUGCGGAGUGCUUGGUUUGACACUCUUGCUGAGACUCAUAUGCGUGAUCGUUGGUUUUCUGAAGCGGCUGUGUGUGAAUGUCAUGUGUUAGCUAUAAUUGCUAAAGAGCUGGCACUUAGUGAAAACGUCUUUUCGAAUGAAAGUGAGACUGUUGAAAAAGCUGGAUUUACUAUGCGUAACUUUACUUCGAAAGUGGAAAAAACUAUUCAAACUUUGCUUUUGGCAGAACGCUAUGAAGCCAUUGGUCCAAUAUGCAGACUAGCUAUUCCUCUUUAUGAAAAGUUGAAAGACUACAGAGCGCUUGUGAGUAUGUACGUGGAGCUGCAACAGGCGUAUAGUUUGGCUGAUCAAGUCAAGAUUACAGGGAAGAGACAUUUGGGAGCAUAUUUUCGCGUCUUCUUUUAUAACGCGACUCUCUUCGGUGAAGAGCAUAAAACGGAGUGGAUAUAUAGAGAACCCGGUCUAACAUCUUUGGCUGAAGCUUAUGAACGUAUGACCAAUGCUUGCCAGCUAGCUUUAGGGCAUGAGAAAGUGCAGAUUGUUCCUGAAAAAGAAUUAGACGAAUCCAAACUAGAUAAAGGCGUCGCAUACGUGCAGAUGACUCAUGUCGAACCCGCAGUGGGAGAUUGUUCCGAUAAAACAAGCUUUGAUGCUCACACAAAUCUUAGAAGAUUUAUUUACGAGUGCAAUGAUGUUGAUAAGACUGUUCCUGCUGACGCCCCUACCCUAGCACGGCAAGCCCUUAAGAAAAUUUACUUGACAAGUAAACCACUUUAUCCCCUUUCAGCCCUCGCGCCUUUUCCGAACACCUGCCGCCGGCAACGUGUUGUUUCGAGAGAGGAAUUGUUUAUGAAUCCACUUGAAUUAGCGGUUGAUAAACUGACAUUCAAAGCAGACCAAAUCAAAAAAAUCAUUGAGCAAGCUGCUCAAUGUGAUGGCACAAAAAAAUCUUUACUGGCUCGACUUGAUGUCAAGGGUCUUCAGCUGCUUCUUCAGGGCGCUGUCCAGCCGACGGUCAACGUUGGACCUUUAGCAUAUGCAGAGGCGUUUACGGCACCCGCACAAGUGGAGAGGUACGGUCAAGAAGGCGUAAAAAGACUUAGUGACGCUUUCAGGAAACUAAUGUCUGUGUGCGCUGAUGCUCUGCAAAUUAAUGAGGUAGCUAUAGGCAGUGAUCAGGCAGAAUAUCAGCAGAUGUUAAAGAACGGCUUUGUUGCAAUGAUGGAAAGAUUAAACUCCUACUUUGGUGAUUCGGUAAGCUUUGAUUUCUCCAACCCUAACGAUAGCAUUGGCGGGCUGAAUGCAUGA